UGCGCGGUGCGGGGAAUUCGCGCCACCGGAGUCGAAGAGGACAGCCCCGAACUGCCCCUGGGCGGGCAAGGGUGGCUGCUAGGCACGCGCUACGCGACGGCGGCCGAACGCUAGGGAGGCGGGAGAUCCGCUUAAGUGAAAGGAAAGAGAACGGCGCGUCCCCGGCAACAGGUCCGCGCAUGCGUCCACUGGCCCGGCCCGGCUACGGGGAGGGACGCGGAAACAGUCACUUCCCGGAAGAGGCGGGGCCUCCUGGCGAGGGCGCGCGAUUCGAAUUGUGUCCGGGCGGUUCCUGGGCUUUGCCUGGGGAAAGGCACGAGGGACUUUUUGUUUGUUUGAGAAAAUUCAGAAACUUGGCGGCAGCAGUAGUGAGGAUUCAGGCCCAAGCUGGUAAAUAAAGAAGGGGCUGCUUCCUAAACCAAGGAGAAGUCGCUGUCCGGGUCAACUGUUGAUGAUGUCAAUGAUGAUCUGGAUUGUAUUUGUAUAGUCAGACUCAAUUUCCAUUACAAACUACCUCUAUCAUUAUCAAACAAUUACAAAGGAGGAGGAAAAUACUAAAGCAGAUUAUCAGCAGAAUGGGAGUGAAUGACUUGUGGCAAAUUCUGGAGCCUGUGAAGCAACACAUCCACUUGCAGAAUCUUGGUGGGAAAACUAUUGCAGUUGAUCUGAGUCUCUGGGUGUGUGAAGCACAGACAGUCAAAAAAAUGAUUGGAACCGUCAUGAAGCCACAUCUCAGAAACCUGUUUUUUCGUAUCUCAUAUUUAAUGCAAAUGGAUGUCAAAUUAGUGUUUGUUAUGGAAGGGGAACCACCAAAGCUGAAAGCUGAUGUCAUAAGCAAGAGGAAUCAAAUUCGUUAUGGGUCUUCUGGAAAAACAUUGUCUCAGCAAACAGGGAGAUCACACUUUAAACUGGUUUUGAGAGAGUGCCUGGAUUUGCUGGACUGCUUAGGAAUACCCUGGGUUCAAGCCGCUGGGGAAGCUGAAGCCAUGUGUGCCUACCUCAAUGCCGAAGGUUAUGUAGAUGGCUGCCUCACCAAUGAUGGAGAUGCUUUUCUUUAUGGGGCCCAGACUGUUUACAGAAACUUCACAAUGAAUGUGAAGGACCCACAUGUUGAUUGUUAUUCGAUGUCAUCUAUCAAGGUUCAGUUAGGUUUGGACAGAGAUGCUCUGGUUGGACUAGCAAUUCUUCUUGGCUGUGAUUAUCUCCCAAAGGGAGUCCCUGGAGUUGGAAAAGAACAAGCAUUAAAACUUAUACAGAUUUUGAAAGGGCAAAGUUUACUUCAGAGGUUUGAUCAGUGGAAUGAAAAAUCUCACUCUAAUCCACAACCAGCUGUCACUAAGAAACUGGCUCAUUGCUCUGUGUGUUCCCACCCAGGUUCACCUAAGGAUCAUGAACGGAGUGGGUGCAGAUUAUGUAAGAGCAAUAGGUAUUGUGAACCACAUGAUUAUGAAUACUGCUGUCCUUGUGAGUGGCAUCAAACAGAAUGUAAUAGGCGGUUAACUGGAGUAGAGGACAAUAUUAAAAAGAAAGCUUGCCGUUGUGAAGGAUUCCCAUUCCAAGAGGUUAUUCAAGAAUUCCUUUUGAACAAGGAUAAAUUGGUGAAGGUAAUCAGGUACCAAAGACCUGAUUUGUUAUUGUUUCAGAGAUUUACUCUCGAAAAAAUGGAAUGGCCCAAUCACUAUGCAUGUGAGAAAUUACUGGUGCUUUUGACCCGUUAUGACAUGAUAGAAAGAAAACUCGGUAGAUGGAACUCUAACCAACUGCAGCCAAUUCGAAUUGUUAAGAACCGAAUCAGAAAUGGAAUUAAUUGCUUUGAAAUAGAAUGGGAAAAGCCUGAACAUUACGUUACAGAAGACAAACAAAAUGGACAGUUGGUUCUAUCAACAAUUGAAGAAGAAUCAUUGUUUGAAGCAGCGUAUCCUGAGAUUGUUGCUGUUUACCAACUACAAAAGUUAGAAAUUAAAGGGAAGAAACAAAAGGGUUUGAAAAUUAAGCCUAAAGAAAAUUUACCAGACUCAGAUGAUGCAGUGAAUCUUCAAUCAGAAAUGACUUUAAAAUCCACGUGUGAAAUCUUUCCUAAGCAGAAUUCCAAGUUAAAUUUAGAAAUUUCUCCCAAUCCUACAUUACCACAAGAAACUAUCCCCGCCUCAUUGAAUGACUUCCAUUUACCUGAAGAUGAUUCCCAUCUGAAUACCCAGGAACAUUUCCUGUCUUCUCCAAGACCUUUGACUCUCCAACACAUUAAAGCUGUCAGUAAGUAUCCAACUUCAGAAGCUGGUCAACCCAGUUCUUCACCCCAUAGUAGAUCAGAGAUUGCUGAUCUACACUUGAGCACCAUUGACUGGGAAGGCACUUCUUUCAGUAAUUCCCCAGCUAUUCAAAGGAACACUUUCUCUUGUGGUAUAAAAUCAGAACUUAAAUCAGAGCUCUCAGCCAUUGCUGAUUCCUUUGAAAAUAUCCCAGAACAAUUAUGUGAAUCAGAACAGUGCACCUCAAACAUAAAUAAAGUGUUGGAUUGGGAUCUCCAAAAGAUUAAUCCUGAAGAGUAUCUACUUUCCAGGGUUUCUGAUUUAUGUCUUCAAGAUUUACCUUUAAGGGAACGACUGCAGAUAAAAUCAUCGUAUCCUCAGGAAAAUGUACAUAGAGAUGUUGACUUGAAAACUUUGUCCCUAAUUAGGGUAAAAGAAUCUUGUAUUGCUAAUAGCACUGACUGUCCAUCACAUCUUUCUAAAGAUCUUCCAGGAAUUAAUUUGCAAAAUGAAUCCAGGAACACUGAAGUUGUAAAAGGCCAACUGCUUCAAGAAAACUAUAAAAUAACUACUUCUGUACCGUUUCCUGGCAAUAACACAACAGCGUUUAGAGCUAGACCACCAAAUACAGCUUUACAUCACAGUAGAAAAGUUGAUACAGAAGCCUCCAAAAAAAUUAUAAUGAAGAAAAGUGUUUGCCUUGACAGACAGUCAUCUGAUGAAGAAAGUACCCCAGCGUUUGAGGAAGCCAGGUAUUCAACUCAAAAAAUAAAGCAUGGUUUUCAGAAUAAUCACCCAGCCCGAUUCAAAGAAAAUGACCACAACAACUUGAAUAAUCCUAAACUACUGAUUAAAGAAACUGAAAAAUAUAUUGAACCUUACGAAACAGCUGGAAAUGAAGAGAAUUGUUUCCCUGAUCUAACAAAAAAGUCUCUGAAUUUUCCCCAAUGUCAUCAGAAAGUAGACUACCACCCUGGUAUUUGUUUGGAUAGUCCACUUCCUUUAUCCCAGAGAUUAAAACUCAGGUUUAAGGACACUUGAAAUUUGAAAUACUAAAGUAUAACAUAUUUGAAUACUGUGAGCAUUAACAGAGGGAAGGUGUCCUAUUAAUAUUAGGUAGAAAAAUUUAAUGGUGCUCCAUAUGUGAUGAAACACUUUUGCCAUUUUAAUCAAAAUUAUAAUUUUUAAAUGUUACCUGAGACGUUGCUUUUAAAAGAUGAUCCUCUGGUGAAGGCUUCAGAUAAUGUAUAUUUUUUAAAUAUAUUUUUGCCAUUUCUAAUAUAAUUAUUGUUAAGUUACAUGGCUUUAAAAUGUUAGAUGUAGUCCUUGACAGAGUAAAUGUUUCAUCCAUUUGCUCAUUUUUACUUUCUCCUCCACAAGCCUCCAAAGCACUUAUUUAUAUUUUGAUUUGUUCCCAAGAGGGUAACUCUUUAAUUGUCUUACAGUGUCUUCUAGUGUACCUUUCCUGGGAGUUAGGUUUUUUCCAGAUGUGCAGAUACUUUGUACUCUUUCAUAUUGGGUGAUUUUAUUCUCCUUCCUGAUGUGCAAAACUGGAAAAGGAGAGAUGGUGGUCAGUACAUGUAAUCAAAAUCACAGUUGUAAUGGCUGGAUAAACUAAGAAAAGUUGCUGCUUACAUACCCCUCGUUCACAGGAAUAGAUAAUGGAAGAAGAUUUGGAAAACAGUGUAUAAACGGCUCAGGAUCACACAGCUAGUUAAUAGUUUCCUUGCCUCCUAAUUGUUUAGUUUGUCUAUUUUUCUGUCACUUUUGUGUUAAAAAUGAAUCUAUGCAAUAUUGACUUUAAUACCACCAAAUAUUAAGUCUUGCAUUCAAAAUAAGUUUUGUACCUCUAGAGAGGUACUCAAACUUGAAACAAAACAGAGAAACUGUCUGUUCACAGAUAGCAGUAUCUCAUAUAAAGAUCUGAAGGCAUCCACUAUAAUAUUAAAGCUGAUAAAUGAGUUCAGCAAGGUUACAGGGUAUAAUAAUAGUGUACAAAAAUCAAUUGUAUUUCUAUAUACUCACAGUGAAUGCAAAAUUAAGAAAAUCCCAUUUACAACAGUAUCAACAAGAAUAAAAUAUUUGGGGAUAAACAACAAAAAGUAGAAAAUGAAUACUUUUAAAAUAAGAAACAUUGAAAUUAAAACAAAUAAUUGGAAAGACACAUUCAAGGAUCAGAAGACUUAAGACAGCGGUUCUUCCUGAACUGAUGUACAGAUUGACUAUAAUCUCCAUCAGUUCCAGCUUGUUUCUGGGCAGGAACUGACAAGCCUAUUCUAAUGUUUAUGUGGAAACUUAAGGGACACUGAAUAACCAAGACAAUCUUGAGGGGGAAAAAAUGGAGGAGAAACCCUUAUUGCAAUGUGUUGUACUAGCAUAAAGGUCAAAAAUAGAUCAAUUAUAUAAAAGCAAGAGUCCAGAAAUAUGCAUUCAGAUUUAUAGUCAGUUGAUUUUCAACCAGAGUACCAAGAAAAUUCAAUAGAGACAUAAGAAUCAUCCAACAAAUGCUGCUGGGACUGUUUUGUGUCCUCAUGGAAAAACAGUUUGAGCACUAACACUGAAAAAAUAACGAAUUCAGGAUAGUCCAAAGACCUCAAAGUAGGAGCUAAAGCUAAAAAACUCUUAGAAGAAAACAUAGACAAACCUUUGGGACUUUUGGGUUGUUGUAUAAGCAACAACUAAAAAAAGUCGAUAAAAUAGACUUACACAAAACGAAAAAUGUGUGUUUCAAAGAAUAUCAUCAGAAGGGUGAAGAGGCAACUCAUAAAAUGGGAGGAAAUAUUUGUACAUCAUAAAUGUGUAAAGUUGUAUCUAGAGUGGUGUGUAUAAAGAUCUUACAGUUCAAUAAAGACAAGAAUGGGCAAAA